AUGGGCUCUGAUGAUGUCGGUAAAACAGUAGAGGUUAAUGAGGUUAUUGAUUGGGCAGAUGUUGUAGAUGUUGGUGAAGUAGUUAUAGACAAUGCAGCUGAUGAAGACAAAGUUGUAAAUAACGCAGACGUAGAUAUAGACGUAGACGUAAAUAUAGACGUAGACGUAGACGUAGACGACGUAGACGUAGACGACGUAGACGUAGACGACUUAGACAUAGACGAUGUAGGGGAUGUAGACGAUGUAGACGAUGUAGACGAUAUAGACGUCAAAGAUUCAGUUGUAGACGAUGUAGACGAUAUAGACGAUGUAGACGUCAAAGAUUCAGUUGUAGACGAUGUAGACGUUAAAGAUUCAGUUGUAGACGAUGUAAACGAUAUAGACGAUGUAGAUAAUAUAGACGAUGUAGACGAUAUAGACGAUGUAGACGUCAAAGAUUCAGUUGUAGACCCUAUUGUUGUCGAUGACGUAGAUGUUGAGGAUGUCGAUGUGGUUAAAAUGGCUGACGAUGCCGAUGAUGUUGAUGAAGCUGUCGAAGAGGUUGAACCUGCUGAAGAUGAAGAUGUAGUAGAUGUCAAGGAUGUUGAAGACGUUAGAUCGGCUGACGAUGAUGAGGUCGAAUCAACUGAAGAUGUUGAGGUUGAUGAGACUGAUGACGAUGAUGAAGGUAUUGGGCCUAUCUUGACAAUGUAUUCGGUGCCUGCUUGGAAGCCUGGGGAACUGGCACCAACAUACGUACCAGCUUGGCAGGUUGGAGCAGCUGAUGUUGAGGAUGUUGGAGGCGCUGACGAUGUUGAGUCGGCUGAAGAUGUUGAGGAUAAUGAGGACGUUAGAUCGACUGAAGAUGAUGAUGAGGUCGAAUCGGCUGACGAUGCUGAAGUGGCUGAUGAGCUUGAAGAGCUCAAUGAUGUUGUAGAUGUUGAUGAUGAUGACAAGGGUUGCCCUUUGACGAUAAGAUCAAACGUCGUGUCUGAAACUGGCGAUCCUGAUGUCGCGGAAUACAAAUUGCAAUAUGUAUUUGAGGUCACAAAGGUUGCACCUUUACACUGA